UACCAACAUUUCCUACCAGUUCUCCUUCUAUUGCUAGGGUUUUCGAUUUGCUCUUUGCUCUCGCGCAGCUCCGCAGACUUACAAAGCAAAGAACCAAAAUCAAAUCAUGGGGCACUCAAACGUGUGGAACUCUCACCCUAAGAGCUACGGCCCUGGUUCCCGUACCUGCCGUGUGUGUGGAAACCCCCAUGGGUUGAUCAGGAAGUAUGGUCUCAUGUGCUGCAGACAGUGCUUCCGCAGCAACGCCAAGGAAAUUGGCUUCAUUAAGUACCGUUAAAUGGUUGUAAUUGGCUACGGCGCAAGAAUAGAGGUUUUGGCCCAAGCAAGAUCUGAUCAGAUUAGUUCUUUCAAAGUUUGAAGCAACUUUUGAGAAUUUAUGUUUUGCUUUAUCUAAUGUUGAACAUGUGGUGAUUGUUGGAUAAUGAAUAUUUUUGCAUUACUCAUUUGAAGAGAUUCAUUUA